CGAGGAAGAAGCGGAGGGGGCGAAACUAGUUCCUCGCCUCGGUCUCUCUUUCGCUUUCCCUUCCUCUUCCUCCAACCCUCCGCCCUCCUGUAAUUCAGCCCGCCUUCCCUGACCUCAGUGACCCGGGUGGCCCCGCCCACUCUCGUCGACGUGAUUCCCGCCGUGAGGUAAGCGCCGGUCGAACCCCGAGCCCCGCGGAAGAGGAGGACGACGAGAGGAGGAGGCUGCUGGGCCCGGCUCAGGCUCGGCGCGGAGCCGCGGCGCGGGGGGCGUUCGGGUGGUCCUCUCGUUCCUCUGUCCGCUCAUUGCGACGUAGCCGGCCAGGCCUAGGCCUCCUCCUCCUCCCUGCCGGCCCGGCCUCUGGCAGCAUCGGGUGACGCAGAAGGAACAUCAUGUCGUCCGCGGCCGAGCCUCCGCCACCCCCGCCUCCCGAGAGCGCGCGUUCCAAGCCCGCAGCCUCGGCCGCCAGCAGCGGGAGCAACACCAGCAACAAAGGCGGCCCCGAGGGCAUCGCGGCCCAGGUGGCUUCCUGUGCGGCCAGCGCCGGCCCCGCGGACUCCGAGAUGGAGGAAGUGUUUGAUGAUGCCUCUCCCGGAAAGCAAAAAGAAAUCCAAGAACCAGAUCCUACUUACGAAGAAAAAAUGCAAACUGAUCGAGCGAAUAGAUUUGAGUAUUUAUUAAAGCAGACAGAACUGUUUGCACAUUUCAUUCAACCUGCUGCUCAGAAGACUCCAACCUCACCUUUGAAAAUGAAACCAGGGCGCCCACGAAUAAAAAAGGAUGAAAAACAGAACUUGCUAUCAGUUGGCGACUACCGACACCGUCGAACAGAGCAAGAGGAGGAUGAAGAACUAUUAACAGAAAGCUCCAAAGCAACCAAUGUUUGCACUCGAUUUGAAGACUCUCCAUCAUAUGUAAAAUGGGGUAAACUGAGAGAUUAUCAGGUCCGAGGAUUAAAUUGGCUCAUUUCUUUGUAUGAGAAUGGCAUCAAUGGUAUCCUUGCAGAUGAAAUGGGCCUAGGAAAGACUCUUCAAACAAUUUCUCUUCUUGGGUACAUGAAACACUAUAGAAACAUUCCUGGUCCCCAUAUGGUUUUGGUUCCUAAGUCUACAUUACACAACUGGAUGAGUGAAUUCAAGAGAUGGGUACCAACACUUAGAUCUGUUUGUUUGAUAGGCGAUAAAGAACAAAGAGCUGCUUUCGUCAGAGAUGUUUUAUUACCAGGAGAAUGGGAUGUAUGUGUAACAUCUUAUGAAAUGCUUAUUAAAGAGAAGUCUGUUUUCAAAAAAUUUAAUUGGAGGUACUUAGUUAUAGAUGAAGCUCACAGGAUCAAAAAUGAAAAAUCUAAGUUGUCAGAAAUAGUGAGGGAAUUCAAGACUACAAAUCGACUAUUAUUAACUGGAACACCUCUUCAAAACAACUUGCAUGAGCUCUGGUCACUUCUUAAUUUUUUGUUGCCAGAUGUCUUUAAUUCAGCUGAUGACUUUGAUUCCUGGUUUGACACAAAUAAUUGCCUUGGGGAUCAAAAACUAGUUGAGAGGCUUCAUAUGGUUUUGCGUCCAUUCCUCCUUCGUCGAAUUAAGGCUGAUGUUGAAAAGAGUUUGCCUCCAAAGAAGGAAGUAAAAAUCUAUGUGGGUCUCAGCAAAAUGCAGAGGGAAUGGUAUACUCGGAUAUUAAUGAAGGAUAUAGAUAUACUAAACUCUGCAGGGAAGAUGGACAAAAUGAGGUUAUUGAACAUCCUGAUGCAGUUGAGGAAAUGCUGUAAUCAUCCGUACCUAUUUGAUGGAGCUGAACCUGGUCCACCUUAUACGACAGAUAUGCAUCUAGUUACCAACAGUGGCAAAAUGGUGGUGUUAGACAAGCUGCUCCCUAAAUUAAAAGAACAAGGUUCACGAGUACUAAUCUUCAGUCAGAUGACGAGAGUAUUGGAUAUUUUGGAAGAUUAUUGCAUGUGGAGAAAUUAUGAAUACUGCAGAUUGGAUGGGCAGACACCGCAUGAUGAGAGACAAGAGUCCAUCAAUGCAUACAAUGAACCAAACAGCACGAAGUUUGUGUUUAUGUUAAGCACACGUGCUGGUGGUUUGGGCAUCAAUCUUGCUACUGCUGAUGUAGUAAUUUUGUAUGAUUCAGAUUGGAAUCCCCAAGUAGAUCUCCAGGCUAUGGACCGAGCACAUAGGAUUGGACAAACCAAGACUGUCAGAGUGUUCCGAUUUAUAACUGAUAACACUGUAGAAGAAAGAAUAGUGGAGCGUGCUGAGAUGAAACUCAGAUUGGAUUCAAUAGUCAUUCAACAAGGAAGACUUGUGGAUCAGAAUCUGAACAAAAUUGGGAAAGAUGAAAUGCUUCAAAUGAUUAGACAUGGGGCAACACAUGUAUUUGCUUCAAAGGAAAGUGAGAUUACUGAUGAGGAUAUUGAUGGUAUUUUGGAAAGAGGUGCAAAGAAGACUGCAGAGAUGAAUGAAAAGCUCUCCAAGAUGGGUGAAAGCUCACUUAGAAACUUUACCAUGGAUACAGAGUCAAGUGUUUAUAACUUUGAAGGGGAAGAUUAUAGAGAAAAACAAAAGAUUGCAUUCACAGAGUGGAUUGAACCACCUAAACGAGAAAGAAAAGCCAACUAUGCUGUUGAUGCCUAUUUCAGGGAAGCGCUUCGUGUCAGUGAACCUAAAGCACCCAAGGCUCCUCGACCUCCCAAACAACCCAAUGUUCAGGAUUUCCAAUUCUUUCCUCCACGUUUAUUUGAAUUAUUGGAAAAAGAAAUUCUAUAUUACAGAAAAACUAUUGGAUACAAGGUACCUCGAAAUCCUGACCUACCAAAUGCAGCACAGGCACAAAAAGAAGAACAGCUCAAAAUUGAUGAAGCUGAACCUCUUAAUGAUGAAGAGUUAGAGGAAAAAGAGAAGCUUCUAACACAGGGAUUUACCAAUUGGAAUAAGAGAGAUUUUAACCAAUUUAUCAAAGCUAAUGAGAAGUGGGGUCGUGAUGAUAUUGAAAAUAUAGCAAGAGAAGUAGAAGGAAAAACUCCGGAAGAAGUCAUUGAAUACUCAGCUGUGUUCUGGGAAAGAUGCAAUGAGCUCCAGGACAUAGAGAAGAUAAUGGCUCAGAUUGAAAGGGGAGAGGCAAGAAUUCAGAGAAGAAUUAGUAUCAAAAAAGCACUUGACACGAAGAUUGGACGGUACAAAGCACCUUUUCAUCAGCUGAGAAUAUCAUAUGGUACUAACAAAGGAAAAAACUAUACUGAAGAAGAGGAUCGUUUUCUGAUCUGUAUGCUUCACAAGCUGGGAUUCGACAAAGAAAAUGUUUAUGAUGAAUUGCGACAGUGUAUUCGAAACUCUCCUCAGUUCAGAUUUGACUGGUUUCUUAAAUCUAGAACUGCAAUGGAGCUCCAGAGGAGGUGUAACACCUUAAUUACCUUGAUUGAAAGAGAAAACAUGGAACUAGAAGAAAAAGAGAAGGCAGAGAAAAAGAAAAGAGGACCAAAGCCUUCAACACAGAAACGUAAAAUGGACGGAGCACCUGAUGGUCGAGGAAGAAAAAAGAAGCUGAAACUAUGAAUACAUAUUUGUUUCAUAAUCACUAACUUUAAACCAGUAGUUCUUUAAUUUACGGGUCUUCAUAAGAUGUACUGUACAAUGCUCAAUUGUUAUGUCAUUCAAAGACAUCAGGUUCAUCUGUUUACCGAGCUAGAAACAUAGUAUGUAGUUUCACUUUUUUAAAUGCAACAGCUGUGCUGAAAUUUUUUUUAUCAUUAACACUUGAAUAAUAAAAUAGGCUUCAUUUAUUAAUAAAUGUUUCAUUUGAUUUAUUUUUCUA